AUGGCUCCUACACCUGUUUCGGCCCUUGGUAUGGCCCUCAACGGCAAGUCCGCAUCUGUCGAUAUUCCCAAGCCUCGUGAUGCAGCCGCCCGCCAUGGCCGGGACACCUUCAAUGUUGCACCGGCCGCAUCCUCCAAGAAGCAUCCUGCCACCUUGCCCACUCCUCCCAACAGCAUCUCUCCAAACCUUCCGCCGCAUGGCCGUCGAGGUAGUAACCAGCAUGGUCCCGUGUCGCCAAAGAGCGCUCAGCUGGACUCGGAUAUUGACCUGCAAGACGCUGCCGAUAAGCCACAACCCGCGACACUGAACGCUGAGGCAUUGGACAGCCUUUCUGAAUUGGACAGUGCAGGUGCCAUCACUCCGAACAUGCUUGCCAAACAUCACCUCCCCGAGAUACUACUGUCUUCAGGCCCCUUGGCCAUCCGACACAUCAUGGGAUAUCUGACAACCUCCGUGCCGGGCUUCUCGCGCAUCACUUCGGCCAAAGCCCGUCGCUUGGUGGUGGCUGCGCUUGAAGGCAAAGGCGGGGGCCCGGAUGCCUGCCGUGAUGGCGAUGUCAUUUUUGAAAAGGUCGGUUGGGGAAGAUGGGACGCUCGCAUCAAAGGGCAACCUCCUCGCGAGCGUCGCGGUUCUGCUAUCACUCCCCCGGGGAGUCUACCGUCUUCGUACACGCAAACGGGGCUUCAGGUUCCUGCCCAACGCUCCUGGCGGACUGGCUCCGAGAACCUGGGAACCAGCUAUACCGGCAAUUCCGCCGUAUUCUCUCAUUCGGAGAUGGGGUCCGAGGAUCAAGAUAUGCUCGAACAUGAAGCCGACAAGAUGUCCUUGGACGAUAUCGAUGAUAAUUAUGUGUCUUCCGUCGCUCCCGAGCCUCUUGAUGAGGAUCUCGGAGACGGCGAGGUGACGGACGAAGAAGACUGGGCUAGCAUUGGUGCAGAGGCAUUGCGUGCAAGGUCUCUCCCGAACGCGGGCAGAUCGGUCUCUGGUCGACUCUACCAGCCGAUUGCCACGUAUUCCUAUCAGCCAAGGUACAGAUCCAAGACCCCGGCAGACGUCGCUCACGCCGUUUCGGCCAAACCGAUGCCUGUCAGUACUUCUCACGCAUUUUCACUACCAAAUGGCGCUGGCGUUAACAAUUCCCAAGAAAGAGCUGCAAUUGAAGCACUCUUGAGUUUGGGGUCGAUGUAA